ACAUACAAUAAGCAAAAGCCAAAGAGCGGUGGUGGCUUCACUGAAACCCCAGCGAAAGUUCUGGCGAGCAACUUCCACCUGACUCUAUUAGUAUGUUUAUCACAUGCGAAGAAUUUUUUGGGUUCAAAUUAUAGGAGGAGGAAAGUUGACCGUGGAAUGGAAACACGUCGUCGUUUUCGAGGAGGGGAAGACUAGGGUUUCUUUUCCUUUAGGAUCUUUAAUUUUGAAUGAGUGUAGUAAUUGAAUUGAGAUAUGUUGAUGGCAGACGACAGAUCGAACCUUUGGUCCUCAGAGGAUUAUUCGCUGGAAGCUGAUGAUCUUCGAGACGAUCUUACAAUUGAUAUUGGGACGAUCUUGGAUAUAUUGAAUGAGAAUCCCGAUUCUUCUGAGGGAAAGAUAGAAGACUUGUCAUUCAAUGAUGCGUCAGAAGGGUUACCAAAUAAUGAAGGAGCCCUCUUACCUAGGGAUCACUUAUCAGGUCCUACAUCUUUCUCCCCUUCAUCUGAUAUAAGGAAUGGGAUUUCGGAUGCCUCCUCUGAUUAUACUGAGAAAUCAGGUGUUUCUGAUGGUUCAAAGCGUGAGUUGAGAUUGCAGCUUGGCUCUCCAGUACAUAGUUCCUCUGGGAGUUUGACUGAUUGGAUACCAUUUCAGGGCCAUGGCCAGGGCAAUUUCUGCCUGGAUAAGGAUAUUGUUUCACGUAAUGCUUCGUCAAAUAGUCUUCAAGAUUGUAGAGAAACACAUCAGGAGUUACGCAAUUCUAGUGAGACAUUCAGUUUUCCUGCUGGGUACUUCAGUAAUCAUGUUGCUGAUAAUAGAGAGGUUUCCAAUGUUGAUCAGCGGAAUCAUGAGCUUGAAUUACAGCUUGCAUGUUCGGAAGGAGUUGACUGUGAUGAUGAUUCUUAUGAAACCCCAUCAAACAAAAAGAAUAUGUUGGAGGUAUCAGUGGCAUCCAGUAUGGAUGAAUUUUCUGGGAGCAGUAUGUAUAAUGGUAGAUUGGCAGGAUAUGGUGACCAAUAUUCAAACGCUCCGGUUUUUGUCAAUCUGGUUGAUCCGUCAUUUUCUGCCUUUUCAAAUGAGUUUAGUCCAUGUGAUUUUGGUUUCAAUUUGUUGCCCAACAAUGAUAAUAAGAUGAUUGGCAUGAUGAAGGAAAAAGUUGAGCAUUUGACUCAGGACACAAGCUCAAAUUGUGUGAUGUCCAAUCAAGUGCAGAAGUUGGAUGAUGCAGACUGGGAGGUUCUUGCGCCUGGGGAUCUGGCUGGCAAGGGACUUAGUGCUGCAAGUGUGGGUGUAAACUAUGCUUCUUUAGGCGAUGGGGGUUCAUUUUCUAGAUUGAGUAAUGAGUUCUUCAUGAAGCAAGAGAAUGAUGCAAAACUGAACCGGCUAAUUGCUUCUGAGGUCAUUGCAUUCCAGCAUGGCAUUGAUAUAACCACUAUGAAGUCUUCUGCUGACACUUUUGGGGUGUCUUUUGGUCAAGGGCGAAAGCCAUCUGGGUCAGGUUAUUGGAUGUCUAACUCAAGUGAGAACCAUGAGUUUUCCGUAGAAGAUGAAAGAAAUUUAAUCCAUGAAUCUAAAAGGCCCAGGCUGGGUCUUGAUGAGUAUGAUGGGACUGCAUCUGGAAAUCCCAGUUCAGUUUUUCAUGAUCGAUAUCUGGAUCUACUGAACUCAGAGCCAUCAGGUGUGCCAGUAUCCAGUACAAUUAAGCAUGAAUUUCUUCAUGCAAAUGUAACGAAAGAGAGUUGGCCCAGUUUAAGUGGCCAAGAGGUUCGCAGUGAUUCUUCGGUUCAAACAUGCAGCACUGAUGAUGAUGAAGAUGUAUGUAUUUUGGAGGAUAUUAGUGGACCGGCACGGCCAUAUUUCUCUACUUUCAAUGGGAAGUCAUUUUUUGUUCCAAAGAGUACUGUGAUUUGUAAUUCCUUUAAUUCUGUUGGACUGGGACACAAGAAGGCAAAUGGUGAGCGCUUUGUAUUUCGAGCUGCGUUGGAGGAUCUUUGUCAGCCGAAAUCAGAAGAUGCUCCACCUGAGGGCCUUUUGGCAGUUACCCUUUUAAAACAUCAGCGUAUUGCUUUAUCGUGGAUGGUUAAGAAGGAGAAUGAUGCUGUACGCUGUUCUGGUGGUUUUCUUGCUGAUGAUCAGGGACUUGGGAAAACAGUUUCAACAAUUGCACUUUUACUAAAAGAGAGGUCUCCAUCUUCUACAAAAUCUAAUGGGAAAGAAAGUGAGGCAGAGACAUUAAAUUUGGAUGAUGAUGAUGAUGAUGAUGAUGAUGAUGAUCCUGGGUCUGAUGGUGGGAAACCAAACGAAGGUGUUGAGUCUUGUCAAGUGAGUGGAAGUUUUUGUGGGCAAAAGAUGGCUGCUGUUCAUGCAAAACGUAGACCAGCUGCUGGAACCCUCAUAGUAUGUCCAACAAGUGUCCUUCGUCAGUGGUCCGAGGAACUCCAAAACAAGGUCAGCAGUAAAGCUAACCUAUCUGUUCUGGUCUAUCAUGGAAGUAAUCGAACAAAAGAUCCUUAUGAACUGGCCAACUAUGAUGUUGUGCUAACAACCUAUUCAAUAGUAAGCAUGGAGGUGCCAAAACAACCCCUGGUGGAUGAAGAAGAGGAUGAGACAAAAUCACUGACAGAGCUGUCAUCUAGUAAAAAAAGGAAGUAUCCUCCAAGUGCUAGUAAAAAAUCAUCUAAAUCCAAGGACAAUUUGAAUGGUGAAUCGCUGUGUAAUCGUCCGCUUGCUGCUGUGGGCUGGUUUAGAGUUGUAUUAGAUGAGGCUCAGUGCAUUAAGAAUCAUAGGACUCAAGUAGCUAGGGCUUGUUGGGGUCUGCGUGCUAAGCGUAGGUGGUGCUUGUCAGGAACACCUAUGCAGAAUGCAAUUGAUGAUCUUUAUAGUUACUUCAGAUUUCUUAAGUAUGACCCAUAUUGGAUUUACAAAGAAUUUUGCUCUGGAAUAAAGGCCCCGAUUAAUGACAAUCCAUCAAAUGGGUACAAAAAGUUGCAGGCUGUGCUCAGGACCAUCAUGCUACGUCGCACCAAAGGUACUAUUCUUGAUGGAGAACCAAUCAUCAACCUUCCACCCAAAACAAUUAAACUGUGUAAAGUGGAUUUCACGCAGCAGGAGCGAGAUUUUUACUGCAGACUUGAGGCUGAUUCACGUGCUCAGUUUGCAGAGUAUGCAGCUGCUGGGACUGUAAAGCAGAAUUAUGUUAACAUAUUGUUGAUGCUUUUGCGACUUCGACAAGCCUGUGACCAUCCUCUUCUUGUUAAGGGAUUCGCUUCUGGUUCAAACUCAAUAUCCUCUCUUGAUAUGGCCAAGAAAUUACCACAUGAGAAGCAAAUUCAUCUUCUGAAUUGUUUUGAAGCUUCCUUAGCAAUUUGUGGUCUAUGCAGCGAUCCCCCUGAAGAUGCUGUUAUAACUAGCUGUGGACAUGUUUUCUGCAAUCAGUGCAUAUGUGAGCAUCUAAGUGGUGAUGACACCCUUUGCCCAACUGCAAAGUGCAAAGCUCAUCUUAACAGAUCUUCUGUAUUUUCUGUAGCAACACUAAGAUGUUCUCUAUCUGAUCGGACUACUUUGGAAAGCAAUUCUAAUUGCUCUUUUGAUUGCGCAUAUGAUUCUUCAAAAAUUAAGGCUGCUAUUGAGGUCCUGCAGUCAGUGACUAAAAGACAGAAUUUUUCACAAGUUAGUUCCUCAAGUUCUGUUGAGGAAGGAAUUUCUAGUGUAGAGAAUACGUCAAGUGUUCAUUCAGGAGGAUUGCAUGGGAAAACAUGUAGUAAAGAAGAAGAAAUAAAGGGCAUGGCUGAAUCUUCUUGUGGUUCAGUUACAGUAGUGGGGGAAAAAGCGAUUGUGUUCUCCCAGUGGACGAGAAUGCUUGAUUUACUUGAAGGUUGUCUGAAGGAUUGUUCCAUUCAGUAUAGGAGACUUGAUGGAACAAUGUCCGUUGUUGCCAGAGAUAAAGCUGUGAAAGAUUUUAAUACUCUUCCUGAGGUGUCUGUAAUGAUUAUGUCUUUGAAAGCUGCAAGUCUUGGACUGAACAUGGUAGCAGCAUGCCAUGUUCUUCUUCUGGACCUUUGGUGGAAUCCAACAACUGAGGAUCAAGCGAUUGACCGUGCUCAUAGAAUUGGGCAGACCCGUCCUGUUACAGUUUUCCGUUUGACUGUGAAAGACACAGUUGAAGACCGCAUUUUGGCCCUUCAGCAAAAAAAGAGAGAGAUGGUUGCCAAUGCAUUUGGAGAGGAUGCGACCGGUGGCCAAGCGACUCGACUUACUCUGCAGGACUUGGAAUACCUGUUUAGAGCAAAAGGCUGAGAAGGUCCUUUUGAUGGUUCAUAUAACUUUUAGAAGUGUUUGGCUUUGUAUGCUCAUUAUUAGCAAAGUGCAAAUGAUGGGAGCUGUUGAAAUAGAUCUUAGGACUAACUGGAACAGGUGACCACAUUUUAUAUGAUGAUGAUGAUGAUGAUGAUGAUUGAUCAUGUGGACCGUCAUUGAAGGCUUGCGUGAUCGAAUUUUUGAACCAUUGGUUUCUUAUAGCUUUACCGUGUAUAGGAGGAGUUGGGACGCUGCAUAUUUCAUCCGAUGAGGAUACAUCCCUGCUGGGUAUCGAUGAUUCUUUCAAGUUGCAUUGUAAAUGAUAGGUUCCUUUUUGGCUGGAUAUAACCACAAAUUGACGGUGUUAUUUUGAUUGGUUAAUAUAGUGAGCAUCUUUUUGGUGAA